AUAUUUUAUUUUAAAUUUAGUGGCGAAAAAAAGUGAAACGAAAUUAAAAAUACGAAAAUUAAAAGUUUUUGUGGAGGCACAGCCACAGCCGUUUCCCCUGCGAAAAAUCGAUUUCCUUUAUCCUGUCCCGUUGCGCUGUCACAUCCCGAGCUUUCGCUUUCACUUCGAAAGUGAAAACAAAAGCGACCGAGACUCUGGGAUUUCCACCUGCCGCAAUGAGUUUCGUGUAGAGAAGGUAGAGAGAGUGAGAGUGAGUUGGAAUUGCCGCGACCGUCGCAUGAGCAAAGAUGAUUGUCACUUCUGCUUCUGGCCUGGAUAGCACCCCCACUCUGGGCACUGUAGAAGUGACCACACUACUCGGCGUCUUUUUCGGGGUGCUCGUUUUGCUGCUCCUGCUCUUUCUUUACAUCAGUAGGAAGUGCUGUUUCCACUAUCGCCAUGCCAUCAACUGCUGCGACGAGCGCCAUUUGGCGGCCAAGUGCGUCCAGAAAAUUACGCGAAAACGGCGGUACGAGAACACCAGCUCGGACUCGGAGGAGGACAUUCUGCGUCGCCUGCGGUGGCACCAGCAGCAUCAGCUGGGCGACAAGCAUGGCAGCUAUGGCAUGGGAAUCAACCAGGCGAAUCCUCUGACAGCCCACAGCUUCAAUUACCAUCAAGCCGGCUCGGACCUGCAGCGGGUUACCGUGACCCGUGACCCGUUGGCUGUCGCCGAGAGGGGUAAGGUCGGCAUCCCGUCGUCGCACAGCGAAUGUAGCUCCAACGACUCGAUGGAGGCCUCUGUGGACAGUCAUACAGGUAUCCUCACGGGCGAGAGCAAGGGUUCUCACCCGGCGUCGUCUUACCGAAAUCCGUAUGCGGAUCAUCGGGCCAAGACGCAGGCCUUGAGGUAUCAGCACAGGGUCGAGGUGGUGGUGCCGCCCAAGCAUGACAAGGAGCGUGACAGCAAUUCCGUGGUGGUGCCCAUGUCCAAUUCCUGCAACAACAACAACUCCAGCGUGACUAACAACAACAAUACCAUCACCACCAACAACAAUAAUAACAACAACGAUGAUGAACCCCUUUUUGAUACCAGUGAUCUUCGCUCGAUCAAGUCGGACGACAUGCUGGUGGGCGGCGAUGUGAAGGUUGCGCCUCGUGGCCCAAUCGAGCUGGAGCUUUCGUUGCUCUACGACGCGCCCAUGCGGAAGAUGACGGUGCACGUGAUGCAGGCGCGGAGCCUGCCGCCUCUGGCCAGCGGGCAGCCGACGCACACCCAGGUGCGAAUGCUGAUGCUGCCCACCAAAAAGCAGAAGCUCAAGACAAAGAUCCGCAGCGGGGAGAACCCGCAGUACAUGGAGAGCUUCUUGCUCCAUCGCGUCAAUCCUGAGGACGUGAACAACAUGGGACUGCGGGUUCGUCUGUACGGGUGCGAACGGUUGCGCAAGGAGCGUCUGAUCGGCGAGGCAUACGUGAGUUUCGCUACCGUCGACUUGGAACUGGAAACCAACCUGUGGCUGCCGUUGGAACCGCGCAACACCUCCUCGGUUCUGGGAUCCACCAGCGACCUCCUGAGUCUGGCGCGGUCAGAGAGCGCGGGCUCCACAUCGUCCAUGCAGCAUGGUGGCGUAUCGGAGCUGCUGUUGGGCCUGAGCUACAACGGCGUAACAGGUCGGCUGAGCGUGGAGGUCAUCAAGGGCAGCCAGUUCCGCAGCCUUUCCCUAAACAAGGCUCCGGACACCUACGUUAAGAUGGUUAUGGUGAGCAGUAUCGGGCAGGAGAUAUCGCGCGCCAAGACCUCGAUCCGCCGGGGCCAGCCAAACCCACUCUUCAAGGAGACGUUUGCCUUCCAGGUGGCUCUCUUCCAGCUCAACGAUGUUACGCUGAUGAUCUCCGUUUAUGCAAAGCGACACAUGAAAAAGAAUGAGAUGGUCGGCUGGUUCAGCAUGGGCCUGAACUCGUCCGGACCGGAGGAGGUGGCGCAUUGGACGGAUGUGUGUGAGAUGCCCAAGGGUGAGAUGCUGGCCCGCUGGCAUGUUUUGGUCGAUUCCUGAUUCGAGCAGUUGGGCCAGUCCUCAAGUCGUGGCGGCAAGGCCCUCCGGAAGCUGGGCCUGACCGCCUUCAAGGACCGGUCCCGGGAUAAGGCUGCGAAGGAUUCGUAUGCCGAGGACGACGGUGACCAAUUCCCUGCAGACAACGCCGUUGCAGUGGACAUUGAGCCGGGCCUCGAGCUCGACUUUGUCUAGAGCCGAGGCCGAGUGCGAAGUUUGUGAUUUGUUUUUUGGCGGUCCAAACAGGACCGACCAUGAUUGUUGUAGCUGCGAGCCGGCCGGACGAUCCAGACCGUCAUGUUUGGAUUCUCCUCCGGAUCUGGCCCGAAACGGGCCAGGGAAUAUUUGUAUUUGUAAACCAUUUGGCACACAUUUUUUGAUAAAAUGUGAGAUGCACGAAAAAAGAACCUAGAAUAUCGGAUUUUUAUACGCAAUGGCUUGUGAACGGCAGCCAAAAAUACUUAAAAAUUACUCAAAUUUGAAUUUUAUGAUUGUUUGUGAUAAUGAAUAAUACUAAAUAGCCGAUGAGGCCGAUACUAAAGGUCUGCUCGAAUGUCGAAUUUUUGUAAUUAAAACCUUUCUGCAUCGUAUCUUAAAAUAUUAAGCCUAACACGGAGAACCCGACGUCUUUUAAGAGUAGCACUUUUUUAUUACAAAUGGAUAAAAACUAAAACAAAAAGGAACCAUUGUAGAAUGAUAAAAAUAUAAUAAUAUGCAUAUGCAAACAUGGGCGUAAUCACAAAUGAACUAACUAUAAUAAUUAUACCUACCUAUCGUCCGGUUAAACUAACUUUUCCUUAAACUCAAACAAUUUUAAAUUAAACGCCUAACAGUAUAUUUGUGAGUGCGCCCCUGUCUUUAUAUUAUUAUACCUGCAAACCUACAUGCAUACAUACCCGAAAACACCUAACUACAUAAUUAAUUCUUGUGAUUUUGAUCAAGGCCCAUGCGCAUGUUCCAGUUUUUGAUAUACGGAAAAAUAUUAAUAUCGGUACCUUAGAAUUCGAACGCACAAAGAUCGAUGUACAACCGGAAGGAAGCGAUGUUGGAAGUGGAAGUUGAUAAGAUAUAAGCUAAUAUGGAUACAUGAAAAUAACAAGUAUUGCAGUCAGGUAAUAGGAAAAUUUUCUCAAUGCCCUCUAAUCCGAUUUAAAAAUUGGAAAGAUGAGCCCAAGGUCAGGAACUUGCAUAUGAUUGAAUUCUUAAGAGUUCUAUAAAUGACAGGACACUGUUUCUGAAAGUACAUAAGUUUAACUUAUACACGGAGAUAUGAAAGCUUUAAUAAUUAUUGGUACUAAUUGGUUUUAAUUCAAACUAAAACAAAAAAUUAACAAAAAACGGAUAACAUCUAUUAAACUAUUGCAAUUCUAAUGCAAAAAACUUAAUAUUAGUUAUAUGAACAAGCAUAUGAAUGUAUUUUGUAACGGAUAAUAUUUGUAUCUUUUAAAAAUCUAUAUGUUUUGAAUGUCGAAUAUUUUAUAGUCACACUUCAAGUGAUCGUGUGUUCGUUGUUGCAACAAACGUAACUUUUACGCUAAGUAUAUGAAUUCGUUUCGGGAGACAGGUGAGGCUAAACAGCUAAGGGACUAUCAACCAAUCUAAAUUGUUAAAACUCCAAAUGCCAGUAUUAAAAAUAAUCCCAAUUUUGAGAGUUCGACAGCCGUUAGCCUCGCCACUAAGCGCGGAUUUAAUGUCAAGUAUUUCAGGCUCUGAGUAGAAUCU